CGUUGGGCGCGCGGGCGGAGCGGAUCGCGGCCGGAGGGCGAGCGGCCGGGCGUCAUGUCAAGGAGACGCGUGGGGGCCUCCAGCCUGCUCCGCGCCAUGGAUCUGCUGGGAUGAGGAGCUACGCCCCCGGGCCCGGAAGCGCGGCGAGAUGUUCAGAGCGGGGGACCCCGGGGAGCGGCCGCUGCUCGGGCCGCCGGCCCCUCGCGUGCGGAGCGUGGAGGUGGCCCGAGGGCGGGCGGGCUACGGCUUCACGCUCUCGGGCCAGGCGCCUUGUGUGCUCAGCUGCGUCAUGAGAGGGAGCCCCGCGGACUUUGUGGGCCUCCGUGCUGGGGAUCAGAUACUGGCCGUCAACGAAAUCAACGUGAAGAAGGCGUCCCAUGAGGACGUGGUGAAGCUGAUCGGGAAGUGCUCCGGGGUCCUGCACAUGGUGGUCGGCGAGGGCCUCGGCCACGGGGACUCGUGCUCCAGCGACGAGGAGGUGGGUUUCUACGAAGGAAAGGGCCGGCUGAAGCCCAAGCUCGAUUCCAAGGCCCUGGGGAUAAACAGAGCGGAGCGAGUGGUCGAGGACAUGCAGUCCGGGGGCAUUUUCAACAUGAUCUUUGAGACCCCGGGGCUGCGCGCGAGCAGCUCGGAGCCCGCGCCCUUGAAACAAAGGUCCCUUUCAGAGUCGGCCGCUGGGCGGCUGGACCUUGGCCACGAAAGCGGGAAUGACCCGGGUCUCAAGCCGCUUUCCAAGGAGGAGCUGGCGAAGGGGGGGAACGACGACUCUGUGUUCCGGGUUGGGCUGGAGCAUCACGAAGACCUUGGGCUGGACGCCAGCAUUUUGAAUGUCGCCAUGGUCGUGGGCUACCUGGGCUCCAUCGAGCUGCCGUCCACCAGCGGCAGCCUGGAGUCGGACAGCGUGCAGGCCAUCCGGGGCUGCCUGCGGCGCCUGCGGGCCGAGCAGAAGAUCCACUCCCUGGUGACCAUGAAGAUCAUGCACGACUGUGUGCAGCUCUGCACGGACAAGGCCGCCGUCCUGGCGCGCUACCCGGCCGAGCGGCUGGCCUUCAGCGCCGUGUGCCCGGACGACAGGAGGUUUUUUGGGCUCGUGACCAUGCAGGCGAGCGACGCGGGGAGCCUGGCGCAGGAGGAGGAGGGCGUCCUGCGGACGUCCUGCCACGUGUUCAUGGUGGACCCGGACCUGUUCAGCCACAAGAUCCACCAGGGCAUCGCCCGGCGCUUUGGGUUUGAGUGCACGGCCGACCCGGACACCAACGGCUGCCUGGAGUUCCCCGCGUCCUCGCUCCCCGUCCUCCAGUUCAUCUCCGUGCUUUACAGGGACAUGGGCGAGCUGAUCGAGGGCGUGCGGGCCCGGGCCUUUGUGGACGGGGACGCGGACGCCCACCAGAACACCAGCACCAGCAGCAACAGCGACAGCGGCAUCGGGAACUUCGCCCCCGAGGACAGGAGCAGCCGCGUGCUCGUGGUGGACCUGGGCGCCGGCUCGAGCAGGCACGGCCCGGGCAGCGGCGCCUGGGAGGGGGCGGGCGGGCGGGGCUGCCCGCCCUGGGCUGCCCCCUGGAACGGGGCUUUCUGCCAUGACCCGGAGGCGGCCCCGGGUGAGGCCGCUCCGCAGGCUGACAGGGGCUGGGACCUCGGGAAGCACCUGGGGCCCGCGUCUCACGUGGAGGGCCCCCCGGCCUCCUUGCGCUGCUCGGUGCCCCCCUCCAAGAGGGGCGCUGCCGGCUCCGGCGGGGGUUUCGGCCAGCGGUGGCUCCCGGUCCACGUCCUGCAGGAGUGGCAGUGCGGGCACGCCAGCGACCAGGAGUCCUACACGGACUCCACCGACGGCUGGUCCAGCAUCAACUGCGGCACGCUGCCCCCGCCCAUGAGCAAGAUCCCCGCCGACCGCUACAGGCUGGAGGCCAGCCCGGCGCAGCCUGCGCCCAGCGCGCAGAGGCGGGACUGGGCCAGGAAGGCUCUCGGGAUGCAGAACAUCUUUGGUCCCCAUCGAAAUGUCAGAAAGACUAAGGAGGACAAAAAGGGCUCAAAGUUCGGGCGGGGCUUUGCCUUCGCCCCGCCGUCCCAGCGCGCCCCGGCUCGGAGAUCCUUUGGGAGGUCCAGGAGGUUGAGUGUCACCCGCUCCCUCGAUGACCUUGAGUCUGCAACUGUGUCUGAUGGUGAGCUGAACGGCCCCGACCUGAAGGACUGCGUGAGCAACCACAGCCUGAGCAGCAAUGCCAGCCUCCCCAGCGUGCAGAGCUGCCGGCGCCUGCGCGAGCGGAGGGUGGCCAGCUGGGCCGUGUCCUUCGAGCGCCUUCUGCAGGAUCCGCUUGGCAUUCGAUACUUCUCCGACUUUCUGAGGAAGGAGUUCAGUGAAGAAAACAUCUUAUUCUGGCAGGCCUGCGAAUAUUUUAAUCAUGUUCCCGCACACGACAAAAAAGAGCUCUCCUGCAGGGCCCGCGAGAUCUUCAGUAAGUUCCUGAGCAGCAAAGCCACCACUCCGGUCAACAUCGACAGCCAGGCCCAGCUGGCCGACGACAUCCUCAGCGCCCCCCACCCCGACAUGUUCAAGGAGCAGCAGCUCCAGAUCUUCAACCUGAUGAAGUUUGACAGCUACGCCCGCUUCCUCAAGUCCCAGCUGUACCAAGAGUGCAUCCUGGCGGAGGUGGAGGGCCGCGCGCUGCCCGACGCGCAGCACGUGCCCAGCAGCCCCACCUCCAAGCACAGCGGCGGCUCGGACCACUCCAACGUGUCCACGCCCAAAAAGCUGAGUGGAAAAUCGAAAUCGGGCCGCUCGCUGAACGAGGAGCUGGGGGAUGAGGACAGCGAGAGGAAGCGGAAAGGCGCGUUUUUCUCUUGGUCGAGGACCCGGAGCACCGGGCGAUCCCAGAAGAAGAAGGACCAUGGCGACCGUCCAAACGACCCCCUGCACGCCAACGGAGGCCUGGGCCGCCGGGAGUCGCAGGGCUCCGUGUCCUCUGCCGGGAGCCUGGACCUGCCAGAGGCCUGCAGGACCCUGGCGCCCGAGAGGGACAAGGCCGCCAAGCACUGCAGCAUCCAGCUUCCCGACGGGACGUCCUGCGUGGUGCCCGUCAGGGCGGGGCUGUCCAUCAAGGAAGUCCUGGCCGGACUCUGCGAGCGACAUGGCAUCAGUGGGGCUGCUGUGGACCUCUUCCUGGUGGGCGGGGACAAGCCGCUGGUGCUGCAUCAGGACAGCAGCAUCUUGGAGUCUAGGGACCUGCGCCUAGAAAAACGCACUUUAUUUCGGCUGGAUUUGGUGCCGAUUAACCGGUCUGUGGGCCUCAAGGCCAAGCCCAGCAAGCCCAUCACCGAGGUGCUGCGGCCCGUGGCGGCCAAGUACGGCCUGCGGCUGAGCGAGCUGGUGGUCAGGCUGAGUGGAGAGAAGGAGCCCCUGGACCUGGGAGCCCCCAUCUCAAGUCUGGACGGACAGCGGGUCAUCCUGGAGGAGAAGGACCCCUCCCGAGGGAAAGCGUCCACAGACAAACAGAAAAGCACACCAGUCAGACAGACGGCGGCUGCAAACGCCGGUUCCAGAAAUCACUCGGCGACGGGAGAGGAAAGAACACUAGGCAAGUCUAAUUCUAUUAAAAUUCAAGGAGAAAAUGGAAGGAAUGCUAGGGAUCCCCGGCUUUCAAAGCGAGAAGAAGCUAUUGCAAAGAUUGGGAAAAAAAAAUAUCAGAAAAUUAAUUUGGACGAAGCAGAGGAGUUUUUUGAGCUCAUUUCCAAAGCUCAGAGCAACCGAGCAGACGACCAGCGCGGGCUGCUGAGGAAGGAGGACCUGGUGCUGCCCGAGUUUCUGCGUCUGCCCCCCAGCCCCCCGGAGCCCACCCUGUCCCCCCCGGCCGCCGCCAAGGCCUUCGGCACCAGACCCUCGACAGCCCACGGCAAGGAGUGGGCGCCCCGGGCCCGAGAGAGUCCGGCCACCAGCCCCGGCUCGGCCGACAGCCCGCCCCUCUGCGCCCCCGGGACCCCCAGCCCCCCGGCGCAGGACGCAGAGGCCGGGGGCGUCCAGACCGUGGAGGGCGAGCACCUGGCUGACCUGACGCUCACGGGGGAGGGGGACCUCAGCAGCCCCAACAGCACGUUCCUGCCGCCACCCCCCACCCCGCGGGACUCGGCUGGACCCCCGAGACCAGGAGGGGGGGCCCGAGGCCCCCCGGUCAACACGACCGUGGAUGUGGAGCAGGCCGCGGGCUCCGCGCAUCGGCCGGGCAGCAGCGCCCUAGGGGUGCGAGCAGGCCCCCAGAGGCCACGGGCCAGCGGGGCCCCAACGUCAGACCACCCUGGCCUGAGCUCCCCGCCAGGCGGGCCCACCAGGCCCCAGGCCAGCCCACACCACGCGACCUUCGUCUGAGGCUGCCCGCAGACCUGUCCCCGCCGGCUGCCCCUCCUGCCCGUGUGUCUGAGCUGCCUGGACACGUGGAGAACGAAGAGCUCGUGGGGGCAGCCGAGCCCAUCUGCAGGGCCCGAAGAGGGCAGAGGGGCCCGGCCUCGGACACGCGCCAGGGUUGGCUCACAGGCCCUUUGGCCCCUGCCCCUUGGCCUCCAGCCUUCCCACAAUAAAGCGUCUCUGAGGA